AUGGUAAAUAACGGCAAAUUAAGUCUUCGUGAGCGGCUCUCUACCGCCCUUGGGUGGCUAUUGUCCUCCAAGCAAGAUCGACCUGAAUCUAGCAAGAAGCGUGGCGAAUGCGCCGCUCCGGUCCCGCACCCCGUGGGUCAGUUGUUGGCGUCGGAAACUCGUCCCCUGUCAUUGGCGACCGCGGGAGCUCCGCCGAAGUCGACGACGCACAGCCCAGACGCCAGCGUCAAAUGCGGUGGGGAAAAGGGCGUGGCGGCGGCUCCGCGAGUCCGUGAUCCAGAGGGGGCGUCCGUGCAGUCUCCCGGCAGCAACGCCGCCCCGGAUGCUGCCCCAGUGGAUGAAAGUGGUUUCUUUUCGUUUCUUGAGGACGUCAUCGCGGGCAAUCAUACAAAACUGCUGAAGGAACUGAAUCGAUCGCACACAUCAGACUCCGCCAGCAGAACGGAAAGUACGGCACCCGCCUCGCCCCCUCUGACGCCCAGGGACGCCGAGGAAACGGCCAGGGAGAGAGUGGUGGCGGCGUCCUCCUCCUCCUCACCCCCGCCGCCUUUAUCAAUACCGCCUUCGCCCCCUCUUUCUGGGAAAGAAAAAGAAGCGUCGAAACAGGGAGCGUCGCGAGCAACACAAGCUGCUUUGGAUAACCCCUCGCAACGAAUCGGUGCCUCUUCGGCAGCCCGCUCGCUGAAGGACUAUGAGCUUCUUGCGUACCUUGGUACCGGCACAUUUGCCGAGGUUACCUUGGCACGACACAAGGCAACCCACAGGCUAUUUGCGCUAAAAAAGAUAUCUAAACGAAAAGUGCGAGAAGAAGGUUGUGUGCAGUGCACUUUCACGGAACGUCAGUUGCUUGCGUCACUUCGUCAUCCCUUCCUAGUGAGAUUGUAUCAGGCGUUUCAGAGUCGUACGCACCUCUACCUUGUUCUUGAGUUUGCACAAGGUGGCGACAUGUACUUCUUCCUAGAGUCGAAGCCGUGGCUGCGGGAGAUGCGGCGAAAACUUCAAAAAUCGCAGCGAACCCAUUUUCGUGCUGAUACGUCAUUUUCAUCUCUACAUGGCAUGCAAGAAGAGUCUGAGCUGGCGACGGGUUCCUCCUCUGCUUUUAGGUCGUUGCACUCAACCAUUUCCUCCCUUAAUGCCCCUUUAGCCCUGGCCCCAGACCAUAGUCGUGCACCCAUUCGUUUGAUUGCCUUUUACGCUAUCGAACUCGCAUUAGUGCUGCAGUAUCUGCACGAUCAGGGUUUUGUCUAUCGCGAUCUUAAGCCGGAGAAUGUCCUCAUCACACGUGAAGGACAUGUGAUGCUUACCGAUUUUGGGGUGGCGAAGUAUGAGGCUGGAGUCAAGCGAAGGGGAGCGGGUGGUGAAGGUGUCAAGAGUUUUACAGGUACGGCACAGUACAUGAGCCCAGAGAUGCUGCUUGGGGAGCCACAAGAUUCCCGCAUGGACUGGUGGAGUUUUGGCUGCCUUCUUUUUGAAAUGGCAACGGGACGCCGACCCUUCGAGGGAGAGAGUCCGUAUGUCAUUCUGCAGGCCAUCGUCGAGCAUGAUGUAUGCAUUCGCCAUGAGGACUUUCUCCUCACCUCGCUGGAGAUAGAAACACGUAUGACGCAAUUGCAGCAACGAUACCAGGCCUUCGUCCUUCAACAUUUGGGGCUGAUGGAGCAGGAGAAGGACACCUGGAGCAUGCCCGAGGAGGAGGGUGUGAAACCCUGUAGCGUCUUUCUGGACCCACAGUCCACGAAGUCGAGAGACGUGUCUUUCGUGCCGUCUGAGACUGUCGUAUGUGAAGGCAGGGGCGUCAGCGGUGAUGGUGCGCGCAGUUUGCAGGGCGAAGGCCUCAACCACAAUAAUCGGGACACAAUGAAGGCAACGACCUCCACGACUUCUGAAGACCGUGCCAUGUAUAUGAAGUUUGCAGUAGAGGAAUUAGAUGAGGCGUGCGAGUUAUUGGGCGACCUCAUCGUUUCACUGCUAGAGCGCCGCGUUGAGCGGCGUUUGGGUGGAACAUCGGUGCUUGAGCACCCCUUCUUCUCCUGCCCGUAUGUCUGUUCGCAGAUGUACUACACGCACGAUGCGAGAACGGAGCUAGACGACAACAGUAGCCUUUACAACACAAUAAAAUCGACCUGUAGUUCCGCCCUCACCCCACAACAUCCCCCCACUAAGUCAAAUGAAUUAUUUACGCUGUACCUGCACCAGGAGGAUGCGACUGUGCCCUCAGGAGGUCGUGAUGUAGACGGUGAUAAGAUGGGUGGAAGCAUUGAUGUAGACGACAGGGAUGACACGGACGAUGACGACGUGAGCGGGGCUGAAGUUCGACCUUGUCUUAGUGUGGCGUCGUUUCUUGCCCAGCCCCCGCUGCAGCGGCCAGACAACUGGCGCGAACUCUUUUUGGAGGGGAAGGUGGCACCUUUGUUCGUCCCCCGCCUCUUCGCCGCCGACGAUUUGCGGUACUUUCCUCAUGCAAUGACAGCCAUGGGAGACAGUGCUGUGGAGCAACAGCGUGUGCUGCGUGAACAAAUACGGAGAAAAAACAGUUUUGCGCACCUCCGCGAGGGCGAAGGUGACAAUCGGACGAUCGCUUGCAGAAGCCCCCAGCGAGGCAAGCGCCACUUGCUGCAUUCGGAACUCGUAGUGAGUGAGGAAGACGAGGAUGUUGGGCUCGUGCCACAGUCGCAGCCACAGCGAGACUAUUUAUGGGUGCCAGUGGGAGGGAAGAAAGGGUUGGUGCGCGCAUAUGAGGAAGCUUCAUCGGGGGAAAAAUCUCACAUCAGUCCGGUGUCCCGGCCGCGUGUCAUUUUUACUGCCUCCUCACCUCCGAGUCUUGGGGGGUCCCUCGUCCAGUCCCCGUCGCUGUUGACAAAGUCACGUGAUAGGUCACGUACCAGGGUGUGGUGUAGUGUGGCGGAGGGGGAAUCUGCCACGGACCCACUGGAUGAAUCACCGCACCGUCUUGCCUUGUCGGCCCCGUACUUGUCAUGUUCCGCGUCCGCGGCAGAAACAGCAACCACACCCGAAAUCGCAACGGGAACGGCGUUGGCGGAAACGAAGUCUCUUACCACUUCUCAUGUUGCAUCCUCGGAAGCCGCGAAAUCACAGGAUGUCUCCCCCCAGCAGCCGCAGCCAAUCACGAGUGAAGAGCAGGCAGCUGCAUCAAAAGGAUUUUCAUCCGCAGCAGCAUCACCAAGGAAACUUUCGACCCCAGUCGCGUUUGCUCCUUUGUCGGCAGAGUUGGAAGGAACCCCAUUGCGGGUAUCGUCUCACUCAAGCACUGAAUAUGACGACAGUCAACUUAAUUCAUUGGACACGAAUGCGGAUGAGGCAUUGGGGACACUUCGUGGGAUUGCGUACGAUGUGGAGGAUUAUGUUCCCGGUCCGGCAGCAUGGAAGGGACUGCUUUUGAGAAGCAACACCGGUAUUCCAACCGGAGAGGUAAGUAAAAACGCUGGAGUUCAGACUCGUUUGCCCCACGUGGCGCGUCAGACGUUAGAUGUGGCCUCACAAUCUCCUCUUCAACAGCGUAGCGCCGGCGCGGAGGUGCCGUCAGACGACAAUCGGCAGUCUCAUGGGCGCGUUUCACGUGAAGCAGCCAUGUCUGAGAGUCCCACGAUGCCGUCUCCCCCACUAGGCAGUGGCCAUGCAAGCAAAGAGGGUCACCCCGCGGCGACCGCGCACCCCACAGCACUCCUCCCAGUGUUUUCUCCGCACCUGGACACCGACACCGGCACCGCCUCACCAAGGUCGCCAAGUCCGCGGGAAGCUGCAGACAGUACCUGUUUCACGCAGGACGUGCAUCCGCUCCCACGCUUUAGCCUUGUUGAGGUGGAGGAGAUGCGUCCGACGUAUGACUCGAUUGGGGAGCGCCUCGUCCCUUCUACGCCUGAGGGGUCCUCGUCCGUCGGAGGCGGUGGUGGUGUGCAGCAUUAUUUGGGCUUCACAUUCGACUCACGCGGCUGCAACACCUUUCUCAUGGAAGGUGCAGCCAAUGGCGGUACUGGCGGGAAAUGGGUCACUUGA